CCUGUAUCUGAACAAGUCACUGACACUGAGAUAUUGGCUUGUCCAGAGGAGAGACUUCUUUUGAAGACGAACACAAACUUGGAAGGGGGGUUUGACACAGUAAAGGAAUAUCUUUCAAGACCCACUGCACAGCCUCACAGAACAGAAGAGGGUAUGUCAAGACCCAGUGCAGGCUCUGAGAUGUAUGCUCAGGAAGAGGAACAACCAGAAGAUAAUCCAAACUGUGAAAUAGAGGCACGUGUUUUCACACACAACACAUAUGGCCUGAAAAUAAUGCCCAGUCACCAUGUAAUGCUGUUAUGGCUGAGACAUCUUCGAAUGCAAUAUCGUCCACUGACCAGAACUACCUCCUUCUUUUAGCUCUUAAAACUAAACAUCAGCUCACUAAUGAAGCCCUGGAAGACAUUUUAAAACUAUUAAAUCACAUUGGUGGUGAUGGCACAGUACCAGCUUCCAAGUACUAUUUUGAAAAGUACUUUUCAGACUGUAAAGGGGUAAUAGAUAUUUAUUUAAUCUGCGAAACAUGUGAAAUGCUUCUAGGGAACAAAGCUACUUCUGGAGAUUGUAGUUUUUGUGGGGAACAAUGGGUGGCUAGUCACAACAUAAGCAAAGGGCAAUUUUUCUUCUGUAUGCCACUCAAAAGUCAAAUAAAAGCACUUCUAAAUGACAUUAGUGUACAGAAACAUUUGGCUUUUCACAAAGAAAGAUCAACAACCGGCAAUUACAGUGACAUUCAGGAUGGAACUUUGUAUAAAAAAGUUUUAAACAGUUCUCCUUCCAACACUUUAUCAGUGAAUUUCAGUUGUGAUGGCGUUCCAGUCUUUAAGUCCUCCCAGUAUAGUGUUUGGCCUGUAUUAUGUGUUCUGAAUGAACUUCCUCCAGUGGAAAGAUUGAAACAUGUGCUUAUGGCUUCUCUCUGGUUUGGUAGCAAAAAGCCAGAUAUGAAUCUAUAUCUUCAGCCAUUUGUUAAUGAAUGUCAGGACUUAAUGCAGAGUGGGGUUGACUGGGAGAAUGCAGUAAUGCAAGAGAAGAUCAAUUCCAAAGUUGUGUGCACUUUAGCUAUUUGUGACUCUGUUGCCAGACCACUUUUGCAGAAUAUGAUGCAGUUCAAUGGCCUACAUGGAUGUGGGUUUUGUACAGAUCCUGGUACAAAUGUACCAAAAGGCAGAGGGAUGACUAGGGCAUACCCUUACAAGAAAGAUUUUGUACUGAGGAGCAGUACUGAAACCAUAGAACAAGCAGAGCAUGCUUUUCAGAAUAAGAAAACUGUAUGUGGUGUGAAAGGACCUAGUAUUCUUAUGUGUAUCCCUAACUUUGACAUUAUCAAUGGGUUUAUUCCUGACUACAUGCACUGUGCACUUCUGGGUGUUGCCAGACAAAUGAUGAGGUUGUGGGUGGAAUCAAAGUACCACAGAUACCCAUUUUAUCUUGGUACACAGGUAGAGCGUAUAGAUUCCAGACUCCUUCCUAUUAAACCACCAUCAAAUAUAUCCCGCAUACCACGCUCAGUCACUCAGUACAAGUUUUGGAAAGCGCAUGAAUGGUUUGCUUGGCUUGUCUUCUACAGUGUUCCAGUGUUAAAAGGAAUUUUGCAAGAAAAAUAUUUCUUACACUGGUGUUUGCUUGUUGAAGGUAUUACAAUCUUAACCAGUCAGAGCAUUAGUGAGGAACAGCUAUACCACUGUGAACGGGUAUUCAUUCAUUUUGUAGUCCUGACUGAAAAGCUGUAUGGUACAGAGCAUGUGAGUUACAAUGUUCACUGUACAUUGCAUCUUGUGAAAAGUGUACGGGACUGGGAGCCAUUAUGGGCGCACUCUGCUUUCCUUUAUGAGUCAUACAAUGGACAUUUGCUUGACAUGGUUAAAGGCACUCCGGCGGUUCCACUGCAAAUGUGUCUCCUGACUGAAAAGCUGUAUGGUAAAGAGCAUAAACUAGCACCUAUUGGGGAACAUAAUGACAACUGA